AUCAACCAAUGAUUGCUGUUUCAUCAUUGGAUGAAGUAAUGAAUGUAGAAGAUUUAGAUAUAUCAUUAACACCAAAAGUAGAAGGUCGAUGGAGAUGGACAGGAACGAAAACAGUUCAGUUUGAAGCAAAACAUCGUUUACCAUAUUCAACAGAAUACGCAUUAAAAGUCAACAAAGAGCUUUCAACAUUAAAACCUCAAUGCUUUCUGUUAUUUGAUCAAAAAAUCCAUACACAUGAAAUUUUGAAACAUUUACGUGUGAUGUACGGUGAUGGACAUCAAAUGCAAAAUGAAAAAUUAGAACUGCUAGAUGAAAAAACAGUAAAAAGUAAAUUUGAAUCAUUUAUGAAUGCCGAUCAAGGAAAUUAUGAGAAAUACGUUGCAUUUUCAUUUAAACAUGAUUUAUUAAAAGCAACACAAUAUACAAUUCAACUGCCUAGUGGAUGUCCAUCAGCUGAAGGUCCACUAAAGACAAGGUCGGAAUGGUCAGCUAGUUUUCAUACUUAUGAACCAUUAAAAAUAACUGACUGGUAUCCAAAUAUGGCGCUUAAACAGUCUGUUGAUCCUGGUAACAGUUGGUCAAUAACAUUCAAUAAUUCAUUAGAUCAUUCAACACUUAAUAAAUCAUUAUUCAAAUUUGAGCCAGUAGUCAAUGGUUUAGGCAUUGAACAUACGAAAGGCAAUGGUCGACAAAUAAUAAUACAUAAUAGUUCUGAACCCAACACUGUUUAUAAACUGUUUAUACAAUCAGCAGCAAUGAAAGAUAUUUAUGGUCAAAGACUAGAACAGAAUAAUUCAAACAAUUCAAUUCAGUUCCAUGUACACGAUCCACCACCAUUAAUUGGAGAUAUAUCAGGCGCAACAGGAAUGAUUAUAAUGGAUCCAGGUGUAUUAGAUGAACCAUUUUAUCCAUUUAUGGUUUAUAAUUAUUCAGAAUUGACAAUUCGUGUAAAUAAAGUAAAACCAGAACAUUAUCAACAAUGUUUACCGUGUUUUAACUCAUAUUAUUUCACAUAUGAGAAUCAAGAAUGGUAUAAUAAAUUACCUGGAGAAGAAUUAUUAAAUGAAGUUAUUCAAACAAACUGUAAACGUUAUGAACCCAAGGAAAUAAAAGUGCCAUUGGCAGCAUAUUUAAAUAAAAAAUCCAACAGUGGUCAACUAAUUAUAUUAAUUGAACCCACCAAAAAAGCAUGGGAUGAAUGUCAACGUGGAAACUGGCAAUAUAGACAAAUUAUAUCAGCUUGGUUACAAUGUACUCGAUUAGCUGUCGAUGUAUAUCUUUCUUCAAGUAUGGACUUAAUCUUAACUGCAUGGGUUACUGAAUUAAUGACUGGCGCAUCUGUCAAUCAAGCAACUGUUUCAGUAUUUGAUAAAAAACAAGAAACAAAUCAACAAGGACUAUGCACAAUUCGAACGCUCAGCACAGAGAACAAUGAAGGAGGAAUAUUAGUUGUAGAAAAAGAUGAAGAUACAUGUAUGAUAGUAGAUAUUUAUCAUGAUAAAUCAGAUUUUAAUGUUUAUGUAUGGCACGUAUUUAAUGAUCGAGGUUUAUAUAAGCCAAAUGACGAUGUACAUAUAAAAGGUUAUGUUAGAUUAUUGAAAGUAGAAAGUGAAGCAAAAUUACCAUCUUAUGCACAAGGUACAAUUGAUUAUACAAUUAAUGAUCCUCAUGGCCAAAAACUUGAAGAGUCAAAAGUGAGACUGAAUGAUUAUGGUGCAUUUGACAUAAAAUUUAAAUUACCUGAUAAUGUUAACUUAGGCGACGGCUCUAUAUAUUUCAGUUUACCAGAUUUAGCAACUAAUACAACACAUUAUUUUAAAGUUCAAGAGUUUCGAAAACCAGAGUAUGAAGUUUCUUCAAUGCAUCGACCAACAACACCACAUUAUUGUCAUUUAACAACUGAUGAAUAUGUUAUAGUUACUUGUGAAGGAAAAUUGUUUGCUGGUGGUUAUUUAAAUGAUGCAAAUGUUCAAUGGACAGUUAAACCUGAAACAACACAAUUUACACCACCAGAACGAUCUGACUAUACAUUUGGCAGAGCUGAGCAAUUCUUUUGGCGAUAUCGUUAUAAUAAUUCUUCUCAGACUCAGAAUAAAAUAUCAUAUCCAGCAAAAACUUUUCAGGGUAAAACAAACAAUAAAGGUCUACAUGAAAUUAAAAUCAAUUAUCAUGGUAUUGAACAAGAGCCCAGAACAACAGUUGUUCGUGCAUUAGCAGCCAUUACUG